CACGUUGAGCCAAUUGCGUGACGAGAGCAUCAGCAUGGUAGGAGGGAACGCGAGGGGCUCCUAGCGUUGAAAAUUGGUGAGCUCAACUCGUCGGAGAUGCGCCCGAUUCCGCGUGCUCACAUAGAUCAUCUUGGAUGUUUGUAGGACGGGAGUGAUAAGAACCCGCCACUUCAGAGCUCUAGGGUACAUUGGAAGAAGAUUGCCAGGCAACAUUGGGCAAGGAUGAGGACGGGAUGACCACGUGACUAAGGCCUCGGCUGGACCAACCGUAGCUGUGACGUCAGAUGAUGCUCACGACAUGCUCAUAGCUCUUUCGCAACCUCACCUGUAACAUAACUUUCCUUCGACCAUUGCAAGUUCCAAAUUAUACAAUUCCUUGCGAUAGCUCUAUCUCCAACGCACGCAUCCAAUCGCGUCCCAUAUCCCAAGUCAAUACCAAAUCCCUGGACCAUAAUUAUGUUCACCCGCCGUUUUCUCCAGGGCUCCCCUCGCGUCAUCGCGUCGCAACCUCGCUUCCUCAGCACCACCGCUCCCCGAUUCGCGUCGAAAGACACCGAAGACAAGGACACGCUCAAGCCUCGAUCAAAUGAGUACUCCAAGUCCGGCUCGGACGACUCCGCCGCUGCGUCCGACGCCGCCUUCAACCCCAACAAGACGAGCCCUGAAUCUGCGGAGCGGACGACAGAGGCAGAGGGAAAGGGGGAUGGCGCUGAGGCUGACCCAUUAACCGUCAGCCCGGGCAAUCCCGAGGUCAGCAAGCCGCGACCUGCUCAGGAGGGUGGACCGUCAUCGGGCAUCAGGACGAAGAAGAGCGGUGGCGGAAGUCCUAACAAGGCUGGCGGGAGCCACAGCGGCUAAGUCUGAAGGUGGAAGAGAAUAGAAGUAUUUCGAGUCACAUGUUCGAAUUGUAGGUGCGGCAGGGAGUGUUGGCCUAUCGCGAAGGGGGGGAUGUACGAGCAUGUUCGAUUUCUGUCAUAACUGGCGUCUAGCAUUGAUAGCAUUUCAAUUCCAAAGCCAAUUAAAAGCCCUUGCGAAUCCCGUGACCAUUGUCGGUCAAAUACUGACUUUGGUCGCCCGAUCACGGGAGUAGAAAGACUGCUCCCUCUGUUGAUGGGUGCCUUCCUCAGUUCCCUUCUUGCCUCGACAUAUGAUCACAUAAGCACCACGGCUUCACUAUUAACACCCAUGACAUUCAUCUUGAAUGUCUUGUCUAGAGACCAGAUGGUUUUCUUCAGAAGGUUUGGGAUGAUA